AUUGUUCACUUGCCGGCGUUCCCUUGGCAACAGGCAUGGUUAGGGAUGUGGUUUAUGGCCUAUCUGCCUUUGGUGGUCCUGCAUUGAGGAAACAGGGGCUAUAUGAGAGGUGGUACCGCGCAGUGAUAGCAGCGCACACACAACAUUCGGCCUGAGCAAGUGUACUUACUCCAGACACUGCCUGGUAUUUUCUAACUGGUAGCAGUGCGCAAACUUGUUCCAGCGUGGCGGACAUUGCCGAUUACGUUUCUUCGUGGGUUUUAACUCAAGGGAUUUAUUCAGCGAUGCUGAAUGUGAACUGGGACUGUUGGCCUGACCCAGACCCGUACGAAUUCACCAUGAGUGGAACAGAUACACCGACAAUAGGCUCAGAGAUGGGGCGGCACAAGGCACGGCAGUGCGCUUGGUGCGAGGAGCUGAAAUCCUCCAAGGAGCUGAAGCUAAGUCUUCACCUGGAGGAUGGGAAAAUCUACUUCUGCUGCGAGACGUGCCUACAGGCUUACAAGAGGUCAUAUCUCAAGGGCACCUGUCCCAUCUGUGACAAGGUUGUGAAGAACCCAGAGACCCUGGAGGUGGAUGGGGAGAUGAAGCGGCUGUGUAGCCAGGAGUGUCUCGCCAUCUUCCAGCGCCGCGUGGAAGAGAAGAACGAGGGAAAGGACAAAGAAGGACGACCACACAAGCCGCGCGGGCGCCACCCUACACCCGUCAACAUGUACUCUCAGGGGAACUUCUCUUGGGGGGAGUACCUGAGAGAGACAGGUGCAAUUGCAGCUCCGCAACACUGUUUCAAACAGAGAGCCCGUGUGUUACCGGGAGGAGACAAGGCUGUUUAUCCGCCUCCCAAUGAGUUCAAGGUGGGGAUGAAGCUGGAGGCACGCGACCCCCGUAACCUGUCGUCUACUUGUGUCGCAACAGUUAUCGGGAUGCAGGGUCCGAGGUUACGUCUUCGGCUGGACGGAAGCGAUGACAAGAAUGACUUUUGGCGUCUGGUGGACUCCAACGAUCUGAAGCCAAUUGGCACCUGUGAACAACAGGGAGGUCUGCUGCAACCGCCACUAGGUUUCCGAAUGAAUGCCUCAUCUUGGCCCAUGUUCCUGUUGAGAACCUUGAAUGGAGCUGAAAUGGCCCCUGCCAGGAUAUUCCAAAAGGAGCCUCCGUUUCCCAAGUCCAACCUGUUUGAGGUGGGGAUGAAGUUGGAAGCGGUGGACCGUAAGAAUCCUCAGCUCAUCUGUCCCGCUACGAUCGGCGCCGUGGACGGGAAGAGAAUACACGUGACGUUCGACGGCUGGCUGGGAGCGUUCGACUACUGGUGUGACUACGACAACAGGGACAUCUUCCCCGUAGGCUGGUGUGCCCUCAGUGGACACAACCUGCAGCCUCCUGGAAAUAAAGUAAGUGCAGGCAUGCGCAGGCCCAUCCCCCCUCCACCGCCCCCCUCCCGAGACAAGGACGCCACGGCCGCCUCUUCAUCAUCAUCAUCAUCGGAGGGGAAGAGGAAACGCAAGUCGUCCUCGCUGUUCCAGGGCGACUCGGAUGCUGCCAGCGACACCUCUUCUGUCCAGGACAAACCUCCGUCUCCCAACGUCACAGUGGUGGAGCCUGACACAAGUACACCCAGAACACUGUCUAUGUGUGUAUACACCAACUACGGCUGUGAUACUGGGCCGUAUCUGAACCCCCGUAAGCUGGUGGACCUCCCGUCGCAGUUCGGCCCCGCCCUGCCAAGCCACGUGAUGCGGGAAGUCACGCAGGGCUGCAUCGACUGCGCCAUUCAGCAGCGGGUGGUGUUCGGACUGAUCAAGCAGGGACAGAGUCCUGGCAGGGUGGUGGUGUCGGCGACUGUUGGUGGCCAGACCCAGAGCUGUACCCUGCCCAGCUGUGAGACAGCCUCAGCUGUCCUGCGCUACCUGGAACAGCUGUGUGAGCGGCUGGAGUGCUGUGAGAACCUCUUCUCCUCCACACCCAUGCAGGGACCCUGCAGCAAGUGUACAAGGAGAGAUGAUCCUGAGGUCUCUGAUAGCAGUUCCCGUACUGCCACCAAGCGCAGGUGGUCAGCUGACUCCGGUGACACCCACCAUCAGCCAAAGGCCCCGCGCAUGCAGCGAAGGGUCACCACAGAAGCUGCCAGUUCGACCACCACGGUUGUUGGAACUGACUACCGCUCGUACGAGAGUACGUCCCGCGGUGACAAGGACCCCGGUGACUGGAGUCUGGAGGAAGUCCUUCAUUACAUCCGACACGCCGACCCCGCACUGGCACAGUACGCCGAACUGUUCCGCAAACAGGAGAUAGAUGGGAAGGCCCUGCUGUUGCUGAACAGUGACAUGAUGAUGAAGUACAUGGGACUGAAGCUGGGACCAGCCCUCAAGCUCUGCCACAUCAUUGACAAGCUCAAGACUGGCAAGAGCUGAGCUGUCAGUAAGACUACUGUCUGCUGUCAGUAAGACUGCUGUCCAUA